AUGGACGCACAUGCUGCAUUCCUUCAAACACUGUAAACCCAUAAGGUGGGGAGACUGUGAGAGGGAGGAGCCGUCGGUAUUUCAAGUAUAGACAUCAGAUCCGUUUGAUCCAUCCAAGUCCGUGGUUAAGCUCUGUGUCUGAUACCGAUCCAGAUUGCAGAAAUUGUGUGUCUCGCACCGACGCCAUGGGGAAGUUCGCAGUAGGAAACACACAGCCCAAGGAUGGAAUCCAAGCACCAGCAUCAAAAACAAAAAACCAGAAAAAGCCAAGAAACUUUGUGAAGACAGGAGUUAUCUACAUCACUCACAUUCCACAUGGAUUUUAUGAAGAUGAAAUGAGUGGCUUCUUUUCACAGUUUGGAAAAGUUUUAAGGGUCUGUGUGGCAAGAAGCUCAAAGACUGGAAACAGUAAGGGAUAUGGAUAUGUGCAGUUUAUGGAUCAGGAGGUCGCAAAAAUCGCUGCUGAAACCAUGAACAACUACCUGAUGUUUGAAAAAAUCGUAAAAUGCAAGGUGCUACCCCCGGAGCAGGUGACGCCGGCCACGUUCGCCAGCGCCAACCGGAGAGUGGGCGUCAACUGUCCCGGCCAGAAGCGGACCGAGCGCUCUGUGGCGCAGCUCGCUGCCCGCAAAGGUUCGGCCCAGCGGCGCUCGGCACGCAAGCGCCGGGAGGCGGCCCGACAGCGCACGCUGGUCAAGCUGGCGCAGCUCGGUAUCAAGUACGACCUGGAGGGCGGCCUGGUCCAGGAGGUGGAGCUACCACCAUCUUCGGCAGUGCCGACCGUCACCGCCCCGGCCCAGCACGUGCUCGAGGUGGACGAGAGCGACGAUGAGGUUACGUUCAAGACACCGCCCAACACCGUUCGCCGCCGCCUCUCGCGGCCGGCCGCCAGCACGCCCCAGGCGCCGACCAGCGCGCGGGCCGUGGCCACCGCCGGCGUGCCCCCAGCCGCGGCCACCCACCGGAGCACGACACACCAGACGACCGGGCAGGCCACGCCGAAGUCGACUGCGAAGGCGACGGCAAUGUCGGCCGCGAAGGCUACGCCCAAGUCGGCGGUAAAGGCUAUGCCUAAGUCGGCCGUGAAGACCACGCCGAAGUCGGCCGUGAAGAUGACGCCGAAGACAGCCAAGAAACUGUCGCCGAAGGCAGGUCGGCAGUCGUCGGCCAAGAAGACACAUCCGCCCGAAGGGAGACAGCACUCGCCCAAGAAGGUGACUCCUUCGUCGGUCAAGCAGAGGUCGACUGACGGCGGACGACGACGGUCCAAAUGAGCUGGCGUCGACCACGGCGGCGCACGAUGCAGAGGUUGUGUGCGUGUGUGCGUGCGCCACUAUCGUCGGGGCGGAGGUGGCGUGCGUGUGUGCAUGCGCCACUACCGUCGGCUGCGCUUGUGCUGCAGCGGCGGACGCGGCGCGGUCGCGUGACCGACCGACGCGUGUGUUCGCUGGGAGUGGCGGCCCGCGCGCCCCCGCCCGGCUGGUGUGCCACUGUCAAUAGGGAAACCGUGCAUCUCACGCCCAGGCCGGCGGACUGGCCUUGGCGUGUCACGCGGCGGGGCGCGUGAAAUAAACAUGGAGCUGGA